CAAGACAAAACUUGGAUCUGUAGCGUUUGCGUUCCGUAGCCAAAGCGGAACAUACCUCAAUCCCUCUUGUGAUUAUUUCCUCUUUUCUCUGGACGAGAAAAGGCUGUUGGAUUGGGUUCGAGCAGACGGUCUUCUUACUUUUCAACGACGUGAUAUAAAAAGUUUAUAUGUUUUCAGCCUAAACGCGGAGGUCACAUUUUACAUGUAGGAAAAGCGACUAAUUCCAUCCUGCUGGUUGACUGGCACCAAUUCUAAAGUUAGUUUCCAGAUGCAGAGUAAACAAACACGGUUCGCAAGCGACGAAAUACAUUGCCUAUCCGUGCAAGUGUUUACUUAGAGACCUUUUGCGUCUUUAAUCUUUGGGAGUUUUGAGGAGAGGGCUUGUUUUUGAGGAGCAGGGCUCGCUUCUCGAUGCACUGAACGAGGAGGAACGUCCCAUGUGCGGCUUUCACUCUUUCUGACAACCCUUCAGUCUGAGUUUCUCUGUGGUACAUCUCGCACAGCAAGACCCCUUGAACUUGGGAAUAUUGUAUCACCUACCUGAAGCAUUCCUUCAUCACUCAGUCUUACGUUUACAAGCUGAUAGAUUGAAAGUCCCACAUCGUGAGCCGUGACUGAAACUCAAAAUGGCUAACAACACUGCAGACCACCCACCGGGUAACUCGGUCACCGAGGUUGACCACGAUGGGGACUUUGGCUGCACGACAACGCAUCUCCGUGACCUGAUGGAGCUCCGCAGUGGCGAUGCGGUCAACAAGAUUGCAGAAUGCUACGGAGACGUGCAAGGAAUCUGCCGCAGGCUCAAGACCUCACCUAUCGAGGGCCUCUCUGGUAACCCUGCUGAUUUGGAAAAGCGGCACACAUCAUUCGGUAAAAACUUCAUCCCCCCCAAGAAGCCCAAGACCUUUCUGCAGUUGGUAUGGGAGGCCCUGCAGGAUGUCACCCUCAUUAUUCUGGAGGUGGCAGCUAUUAUUUCUUUGGGCCUGUCCUUCUACCACCCACAAGGGGAAGGCAACGACAGCUGUGGCCAAGCAGCUGGUGGUGUUGAAGAUGAGGGCGAGGCCCAGGCAGGAUGGAUUGAAGGUGCUGCCAUCUUGUUUUCAGUUAUAAUCGUGGUGCUGGUGACGGCCUUCAAUGACUGGAGCAAAGAGAAACAGUUCCGUGGGCUGCAGAGUCGUAUAGAGCAGGAGCAGAAGUUUACAGUCAUCCGCAAGGGUCAGGUCAUCCAGAUCCCUGUUGCUGAGAUCGUCGUGGGAGAUAUCGCACAAAUCAAAUAUGGUGACCUUCUCCCAGCUGAUGGUAUCUUGAUCCAGGGUAAUGACCUGAAGAUUGAUGAAAGCUCUCUGACUGGGGAGGCCGAUCAUGUCCGCAAAUCUCUGGAGAAGGACCCCAUGCUCCUUUCCGGAACUCAUGUGAUGGAGGGAUCUGGCCGAAUGGUGGUCACUGCUGUGGGCCUGAAUUCUCAAACUGGAAUCAUUUUCACCCUCUUGGGCAGUGAGGAUGAGGAGAAGAAGGUGAAGAAAGGUAAAAAACAAGGACCCCCUGAAAAUCGCAACAAAGCUAAGACCCAGGAUGGCAUCGCCCUGGAGAUCCAACCUCUGAAGAGUGAGGAAGGUGCAGAGUCCGAGGAAAAGGAAGAAAAGGAGAAAAAGAAGGUCAACGUCACCAAGAAAGAAAAGUCAGUCCUUCAGGGCAAGCUGACUAGGCUAGCGGUUCAGAUUGGAAAAGCAGGUCUCAUCAUGUCUGCAGUGACCGUCAUUAUCCUUAUCCUGUACUUUGUAAUUGAUACAUUUGGGGUCCAAGGUCGUGAGUGGACAGCAGAGUGUACUCCCAUCUACAUACAAUAUUUUGUGAAGUUUUUCAUUAUUGGUGUGACUGUGCUGGUGGUGGCCGUGCCUGAAGGGCUGCCUCUUGCUGUCACUAUCUCCCUGGCUUAUUCUGUUAAGAAAAUGAUGAAAGACAACAACCUGGUGAGGCAUCUGGAUGCCUGUGAGACCAUGGGUAAUGCCACUGCCAUCUGCUCUGAUAAAACUGGGACGCUGACUAUGAAUCGCAUGACGGUGGUGCAGGCUUACAUAGGUGACACACACUAUAAAAGCGUUCCUGAACCAGAGGCCAUAAAUCCACAGACUCUGGAGCUACUGGUGAACAGCAUCUCCAUAAACUCAGCAUACACUACCAAGAUCCUGCCCCCAGAGAAGGAGGGAGGUCUGCCAAGGCACGUAGGUAAUAAGACCGAGUGUUCCCUUCUUGGUCUGGUGAUGAACUUGAAGAGGGACUAUCAGCCUAUUAGAGAUGAGAUUCCUGAGGAGAAGCUUUAUAAGGUUUACACAUUCAACUCCAGCCGGAAGAGUAUGAGCACCGUACUAAAGAAUGCCAAUGGUCCCGGCUUCCGAAUGUACAGCAAGGGCGCCUCUGAGAUUGUCCUGCGCAAGUGUUCCAAUGUCCUUGAUGCUUCAGGCCAGCAACGUGUCUUCAAGGCCAAAGAUCGGGAUGAGAUGGUGCAGAAAGUGAUCGAGCCAAUGGCCUGUGACGGGUUAAGGACCAUUUGCGUAGCCAUGAGGGACUUCACAACUGAGCCAGACUGGGAAAACGAGGCUGACAUUCUGAAUGACCUGACCUGCAUUUGUGUUGUGGGCAUUGAAGACCCUGUCCGUCAUGAGGUUCCUGAGGCUAUCUCUAAAUGUCAGCGAGCAGGCAUCACGGUCCGUAUGGUCACUGGAGACAACAUAAACACAGCUCGUGCCAUUGCCACCAAAUGUGGAAUCCUGCAGCCUGGAGAGGACUUCCUGUGCAUGGAGGGCAAAGACUUCAACCAGCAGAUUCGCAAUGACAAAGGAGAGGUUGAGCAAGAGCGUCUGGACAAGGUCUGGCCCAAACUGCGUGUACUUGCUCGUUCUUCCCCAACAGACAAACACACUCUGGUUAAAGGCAUUAUUGACAGCACAGUUGGAGAAACGAGACAGGUGGUGGCUGUGACUGGAGACGGCACUAAUGACGGUCCUGCCCUUAAAAAAGCAGAUGUUGGCUUUGCUAUGGGAAUUGCAGGGACAGAUGUUGCAAAGGAGGCCUCUGACAUCAUCCUUACUGAUGACAAUUUCACCAGUAUCGUCAAAGCUGUGAUGUGGGGGCGUAAUGUCUAUGACAGCAUCUCUAAAUUUCUGCAGUUUCAACUGACUGUCAAUGUGGUGGCUGUAAUUGUUGCCUUCACUGGGGCCUGCAUCACACAGGACUCUCCACUUAAAGCCGUUCAGAUGUUGUGGGUAAAUCUGAUUAUGGACACACUGGCUUCUUUGGCUCUGGCAACGGAACCCCCAACAGAAUCGCUCCUACUGAGAAGACCUUACGGCCGGAACAAACCACUCAUUUCCAGGACUAUGAUGAAGAACAUUUUAGGUCAUGCCGUUUACCAACUAAUCAUCACAUUUACUCUUCUCUUUGCUGGUGAGAAGUUCUUUAGCAUUGAUAGCGGCCGGAACACCCCUCUUCACUCCCCGCCGUCUGAACACUACACCAUCAUCUUCAACGUCUUUGUCAUGAUGCAGCUCUUCAACGAAAUCAAUGCCCGCAAGAUCCACGGAGAGAGGAACGUGUUUGAAGGAAUCUACCGGAACCCCAUUUUCUGCUUCGUCGUACUGGGAACCUUUGCUCUUCAGAUUAUCAUUGUGCAGUUUGGAGGGAAGCCAUUCUCUUGCACAGCCCUCACCCUCGAUCAGUGGCUCUGGUGUGUGUUCAUCGGGGUUGGUGAGCUGCUCUGGGGCCAGUUCGUCACUGCCGUCCCUACCCACCGCCUCAAGUUCCUGAAGGAGGCUGGUCAUGGAAUCCCCAAAGAGGACAUCACUAAUGAGGUGCUAACCGAAGGUGCUGAUGAAAUUGACCACGCUGAGAUGGAGAUGCGCAGGGGACAGAUUCUGUGGUUCAGAGGACUCAACCGCAUCCAGACUCAGAUGGAUGUGGUUUAUACAUUCCAGACAGGCCAAACGGCGGUGCCUGGGGCCCUGCGUCGCCAGCCCUCCGUGGUCAGCCAGCAAAACGACAUUAAGGUGGUGAACGCAUUCCGUAGCUCCUUGUACGAGGGCCUAGAGAAGCCAGAAUCCAGAAGCUCCAUUCAUAACUUCAUGUCCCAACCUGGGUUUGUACCCCUCUCCGAGGAGGAACACCGCAUCCCCACGAUAGAUGAGGGCUGUGUAGAGAUCGAGCAGCUCCCCUCCUCUUCCAGAAAUGGAGGUGGCGGCGAACCCCCAGGCCGCUCUCUUCACAGCCUGGAAUUCUCCAUGUGACCCUCCCACCAUCCUCCAUGCUCCAGUGCAACUGCCCCAAAAUCGUCGUCUUUUUUUGUUCUGUAUUAAAACCUGUGCACCACUCUACCGGUGGAGCCCUGCUGAUACACAUCUGAGAGACAGCAGCACCUACAGCAGCUGAUUGGGCGGUCAUGAUCCCUUUCUCCUCUCCUCCAUCUCCCCCACCCCUCUGCCCCUCUCGACUUGCACUGUGUCGGCGGCAGCAGCGCUCUGUAAGUACAUGCGGCUGUCCUGCAGCCCAUGUGACACAUGGCCUAACCUACACACUAGAGGGCGAUGCUGCAGCAAACGCCCUCUCUCAGCCUGUCACUGACAUUUUUAUCUCUUCUACAGUUGUGAUUUUUCUCAUUUUUAUAUUGUUAUGUCUCUGGUCUUGUGUAAUGCUGUAAUCAUUUAUGUUAUUUGUCCCAGGACUCUCAUUUACAUAGUUUUUGUUUAGUUUUUUGCUGAGACAGCUGAUUGUGUUCAUGCACUCAAUUGCUGUUUGAAUAGAUUUCUUUUCUCUCUCAAUUUGCUCUAAGGUGGAUUGAAAAACAUGGCAGUGAAGUUACCCAUGUUCUUUUAGUUUUUAAAAUGAUUUUAUGCUCAAUGGACAUUUUAAGUAGUUCAGACACACUACAUUCUUGUCAUGUUUUUAGACAUUGUCCCAUGCGAUGCUCAUUUUGGGUGUUCUGUCACUUUAUAUGUACAGAUGUAAGGCUGCUAUAGUGAACGUUAGCAGAAUAAAAGUCUAUAAUAAACUUAUUUGAUAGCUA